UUUAGAAGGGAUUUACCCUAAUUUAACAGGUUCUUUGACUGAGAAGAGAACACGUUCUCGGUUAGAAGGGAUUUACCCAAAUUUAACAGGUUCUUUGACUGAGAAGAGAACACGUUCUCGUUUAGAAGGGAUUUACCCUAAUUUAACAGGUUAAUUGACUGAGAAGAGAACACGUUCUCGUUUAGAAGUGAUUACCUUUUUUGUCUGUCUGCAACGGCCUUGAACUUUCCAAUGUUGUUCCUUUCAACUGUGACCUCUCUUCCUGUGACCUCUCUUCCUGUGACCUCUCUUCCUCUCUUCCUGUGACCUCUCUUCCUCUCUUCCUGUGACCUCUCUUCCUGUGACCUCUCUUUCUGUGACCUCUCUUCCUGUCUGUUAUAGUAUGGAGGUGUGGUAGUAGACGUCCUUUGAACUGUGACCUCUCUUCCUGUCUGUUACAGUAUGGAGGUGUGGUAGUGGACGUGAACAUCUCAGACAACUCUACUGUGAUCAGCUUCACUGACUAUUAUGAUGGAGCUGCUCCAGCCCUCGUAGUCAACCAUACACCCUGGGUUACCAUCACCUACAGACAGAGGUUAGACUGACCCUAACCCUAACCCUAACCCUAACCAUACACCCUGGGUUACCAUCACCUACAGACAGAGGUUAGACUAACCCUAACCCUAACCCUAACCCUAACCAUACACCCUGGGUUACCAUCACCUACAGACAGAGGUUAGACUGACCCUAACCCUAACCAUGUCCCUAACCCUAACCAUAUCCCUAACCCUAACCCUAACCCUAACCCUAACCCUAACCCUAACCAUACACCCUGGGUUACCAUCACCUACAGACAGAGGUUAGACUGACCCUAACCCUAACCAUAUCCCUAACCCUAACCAUAUCCCUAACCCUAACCCUAACCCUAACCCUAACCAUACACCCUGGGUUACCAUCACCUACAGACAGAGGUAAGACUGAACCUAACCCUAACCCUAACCAUAUCCCUAACCCUAUCCCUAACCCUAACCCUAACCAUAUCCCUAACCCUAACCCUAACCAUAUCCCUAACCCUAACCCUAACCAUAUCCCUAACCCUAACCCUAACCAUAUCCCUAACCCUAACCCUAACCAUAUCCCUAACCCUAACCAUAUCCCUAACCCUAACCCUAACCAUACACCCUGGGUUACCAUCACCUACAGACAGAGGUUAGACUGACCCUAACCCUAACCCUAACCCUAACCCUAACCAUACACCCUGGGUUACCAUCACCUACAGACAGAGGUUAGACUGACCCUAACCCUAACCCUAACCAUAUCCCUAACCCUAACCAUACACCCUGGGUAACCAUCACCUACAGACAGAGGUUAGACUGACCCUAACCCUAACCAUAUCCCUAACCCCCAACCAUAUCCCUAACCCUAACCAUAUCCCUAACCCUAACCCUAACCAUAUCCCUAACCCUAACCAUAUCCCUAACCCUAACCCUAACCAGAUCCUAACCCUAAACCCCAACCAUAUCCCCAACCCUAACCAAUCCCUAACCCUAACCCAACCAGAUCCCUAAAACCCCAACCCUAACCCUAUCCCUAACCCUAACCCCAACCAUAUCCCUAACCCUAACCAACACCCUGGGUUACCAUCACCUACAGACAGAGGUUAGACUGGACCCUAACCCUAUCCCUAACCCCAACCAUACACCCUGGGUUACCAUCACCUACAGACAGAGGUUAGACGACCCUAACCCUAACCCUAACCCAACCCAACCCAACCAACCCAACCCAACCCUAUCCCAACCAAUCCCGAACCCAACAACCCAACCCGAACCAACCAACCCAACCAACCAAAACCCAACCCAACCCAAAAAAGCCCAACCCAACCAACCCAACCCUAAACCAUCCUAACCCUAAACCAUAUCCCUAACCAAAACCCUAACCAUAUCCCCCAACCCUAUCCCAACCCUAACCCUAUCCCUAACCCUAACCCAUAUCCAAUCCCUAACCCCUAACCCUAACCCUACAGUAUUGUAAUUCCUGUUGUAACAUAGAGCUGCUUUCUUUCUUUACCUCUGGCCAUGACAAGUGGAGGACCUUGAGUUGUGUUUAGUUGGACUCACUCUUCUGCGUUUGACCUUGUAGAUUCCUAUCCAGGGCAUGUGUUGUGAUGUUCUGUGAUGUUCUGUGAUGUUCUGUGAUGUUCUGUGAUGUUCUGUGAUGUUCUGUGGUGUUCAGGGCCCUGUCAGAGUAGCAGUGCUGAUCUAGGAUCAUUUUAGAUCAUAAUGAAUAAGAUAACAUGGACACUCCUACUCUGAGAGCCUUAGUGGAGACAGGCCCUGAUGUUCUUGGUUCCCAGUGGUUCUACAGAGAGCAGAGUCCUGAAGCCAGGACAAGCCCAGAGGUUUGCCUGGGACAACCCUGCAGGCGUCCGCAAACUCAGCUGGAACUGCCUGGAGCACAGCAGUGGGGAACUGGACCUGGUUAAGGUAACACACACACCAGCAAUGCGACUGAACGGACUGGUUAAUGGUAACACACACACAGCAUGGCCGACUGAAAUCUGCUCUGUCUUUCUCUAUCUCUCUCUCUCUCUCCUGCUCUCUCUCUCUCUCUCCUCUCUCUCCAUAUCUCUCUCCGUUCUCGUCUGUCUCUCUCUCUCUCCUCUCUCUUUCUCUCUCUCCUCUCUAUCUCUUCUCCUCUCUCUCUCGCUCUCUCUCCCUCUGGGUCUGUCUGUCUCUCUCUCUCUCUCUCUCACUUGUCGGUCUGUCUGUCGUCUGCUGUCUCUCUCUCUUCCUCUCUCUCUCUCUCUCUCUCUCUCUAGCUCUCUCUCUCUCUCUUCUCUGUCUGUCUCUCUCUCUCUUCUCUCUCUUUCUAUCUCUCUCUCCUCUUUUUUUUUUCUCUCUAUCAUCUCUCUAUCUCUCUCGUUGUCUGUCGUAUGUCUGUCUGUCUGUCUUGUCGUCUGUCUGUAUCUCUGUUGUCUCUCUGCUCUCUCUCUCUCUCCUCUCUCUCGCUCUCGCUCUCGCUCUCUCUCUCUCUUUCUCUGUCUGUCUCUCUCUCUCGUCUCCUUUCUCUUCUCUCUUCUCUCUCUCUCUCUUCUCUCUCUCUCCUGUAUGUCUGUCUGUCUGUCUGUGUCGUCUGUUCUUUCUCUCUCUCUCUAUCUCUCUCUCUCCCUCUGGUCUGUCUGUCUCUGUCUGUAUCUUCUCUCUCUCUCUCUAUCCUCCUCUCCUCUCUCUCUCUCUCUCUCUCUCUCUCUCUCUCUCUCAUCCCUCUGUCUGUCUGGUUCUCUCUGUCGCUGUCUGAUCUGUUGUCUGCUCUCGCUCUCUCUCCUCUCGAUCUCUCUCUCUCUCUCUCUGUCUCUCUCUCUCUCAUCUCUCUCUCUCUCUCUCUCUCUCUCUCUCUCUCUCUGUCUCUAUCUCUCUCUCUCUCUCUCUCUCUCUCUCUCCUGUCUGCCUGUCUGUCCUUGUGUCUCCCCCCAUACAGGAUGAGUGUGGUCAGUUUGCGUACGACGGUCUGUCCCAGGUCCACUGGGUGUCCUUCCUGGACGGUCGCCAGCGCGUGCUGCUCUUCACCGAGGACGUUGCCGUGGUGACCAAGGCGCGGCAGGCGGAGGAGCUGGAGCAGUUCCAACAGGAAGUGAACGUGUCGCUGCAGAACCUUGGCCUGUCACUCAUCAACAACGACAACCGCCAGGAGAUCGCCUACGUCGGCAUCACCAGGUAACGUACCACAGACAGUCAGUCAGUCGUACACAGUCAGUCGGAGACGUACACACACUCACAGACAUACAGACCCUUGUGUAAAAGUUGAUCCCUCAGAUUUAAAUUGAGGUAUUGGUAUGAACGGUACAGUAAUGUUUCAUGUGCCUGUUGGUUUCAGCUCUGGUGUGGUGUGGGAGAUGAGGCCUAAGAACCGCUGGAAGUCUUUCAACCAGAGGAACAUCAGGCUGUUGGAGAAGGCCUACCAGAAACACAUGUCUGGAGGUACACCUGAGCCUGGCUGGGUCAAACUGGAGACCAACUUAGAGGUGCGACCAUCACACUGACCCCUAACCCCUGACACUAACCCUUAACCCUACCACAGCCUGGCUGGGUCAAACUAGAGACCAAAUUAGAGGUACGACCAUCACACUGACCCCUAACCCCUGACACUAACCCUUAACCCUACCACAGCCUGGCUGGGUCAAACCAAAUUAAAGGUGAGAACAGGCCUGGAAUUUUGUGAUUUUAGGGGCAAGGCCAUUUGGCCUUCAAGAGGUGCCCAAACUUCCAGGGCAACAAGACCAUCUGCCAGGGCACCAAGGCCAUUAACCAAAGUAGCCAAUUUAAAUUGAUUUGAAAACCAAAAAACACUAGCUAUUAUGUUAAUAAAAACAUAAGUGUAUGUAAACGUCCAUAAAUUAUUAUCCUACAUGUCAAAGUCUAGGUGAUAGCCUAUGGUAUUGGCUACAGCUUUAUUGAGAAUUUUUAUCACAUACUGUAUAGGCUAAACGCCAGUCAUGUUUGACAAAUAUAAUGUAGGAUCAUUAAUAUCUAAAAGCUUGAUUCUGUCGACAUGCUUGAGGCACUGUUUGUUCUGAUAGGAGAACAAGGCAAGUGCCUGUUGGACACUGCAGCGUCACACACCUUGCAAUCUGAGCGGAGGCCAUCAACAUUUUGAAACUAUUUAACCAUAAACGUAAUUGUUUAAAACCUGGACAUUUUUUUGUCAUUUUGUGAGGCAUGUCUUACCAUGUAGGAAUGUUAAAGGGAUUACAGUGCACCCAUAAUGAAAAAGCAAAAACUGGUUUUUAGAAAUGUUUGCACAUGUAUUCAAAAUAUAAAACUGAUAUCACAAGUCUUCUGACCCUUUACUCAGUACUUUGUUGAAGCAGUGAUUACAGCCUAGAGUCUUGUUAGAUGUUCGAUCGGGUUCAAGUCCGGGCUCUGGCUGGGCCACUCAAGGACAUUCAGAGACUUGUCCCGAAGCCACUCCUGCGUUGUCUUGGCUGUGUGCUUAGGGUCGUUGUCCUGUUGGAAGGUGAACCUUCGCUCCAGUCUGAGGUCCUGAGCGCUCUGGAGCAGGUUUUCAUCAAGGAUCUCUCUGUACUUUGCUCCGUUCAUCUUUCCCUCGAUCCUGACUAGUCUCCCAGUCCCUGCCGCUGAAAAACAUUCCCACAGUAUGAUGCUGCCACCACCAUGCUUCACCGUAGGGAUGGUGCCAGGUUUCCUCCAGACGUGACGCUUGGCAUUCAGGCCGAAGAGCUCAAUCUUGGUUUCAUCAGACCAGAGAAUCUUGUUUCUCAUGGUCUGAGAGUCCUUUAGGUGCCUUUUGGCAAACUCCAAGCGGGCUGUCAUGUGCCUUUUACUGAGGAGUGGCUUCCGUCUGGCCACUGUACCAUAAAGGCCUGAUUGGUGGAGUGCUGCAGAGAUGGUUGUCCUUCUGGAAGGUUCUCCCAUCUCAACAGAGGAACUCUGGAGCUCUGUCAGAGUGACCAUUGAUUGCUCAGUUCUCCCCCAAUUGCUCAGUUUAGCUGGGCGGCCAGCUCUAGGAAGAGUCUUGGUGGUUCCAAACUUCUUCCAUUUAAGAAUGAUGGAGGCCACUGUGUUCUUGGGGACCUUCAAUGCUGCAGAAAUGUUUUGGUACCCUUCCCCAGAUCAGUGCCUCAACACAAUCCUGUUUCGCAGCUCUACGGACAAUUCCAUCGACGUCAUGGCUUGGUUUUUGCUCUGACAUGCACUGUCAACUGUGGGACCUUUAUAUAGACAGGUGUGUGCCUUUCCAAAUCAUGUCCAAUCAAUUGAAUUUACCACAGGUGAACUCCAAUCAAGUUGUAGAAACAGCUCAAGGAUGAUCAAUGGAAACAGGAUGCACCUGAGCUCAAUUUCGAGUCUCAUAGCAAAGGGUCUGAAUACUUAUGUAAAUAAGGUAUUUCUGUUUUUGCAAAAAUGUCUAAAAACCUGUUUUUGCUUUGUCAUUAUGGGGUAUUGUGUGUAGAUUGAUGAGGAAAAAAUAUAAUGUAAUCAAUUUUAGAAUAAGGCUGUAACGUAACAAAAUGUGGAAAAAGGGAAGGGGUCUGAAUACUUCCUUAUAUGCCUUUGAAACCAGUAGGGCAUAUUUCUCUUAUGUUCUUAGCUUUCAUUCGUUGUCCAGCAGCCAAAGACACAAUCCUAGUCAUAUUAACAACCCAUGUUUGUUGUUGCGUCUUUAGAUGUUCCCUCUUUCGACAUUUCUGAAGGAUAUUUUCAUCUCUGUCGUAUGAAACUGCUCGCAUUUGCGGUGCACUUUUGAGAACGGUGUUGUCCCGCUAAUUGCAUUUUGGAACAUUCGCACGUAUUCUUUUCCCAUGCAGGUGAACUUCGGGAAGGUUCCCAUGGUGAUGCGUCAGCCCUUUUCCUCUAAUAUCAGGAGGAACUUCCUGUCUGGGAUUCAGGUGGAGUUUAAACAGUCGCCUCAUCAGAGAAGUCUCCGGGCCCAGCUACACUGGCUGCAG